AAAAUUAAGAAUUCUACGAAUUAAGAAUAUUCAGCUGUAUUACAUUAUGAUUUAUCCGAGUGCAGUAUAAGUACUAUUGUAUUUUUAUUGUUCAUAAAAAAAGUUACAAUAAUAUCCAGUACUGAACGUGAAAAGUGAACAUAACAUUUAGAGUAACCUGGGCUAAAAAUAGCUUUUAUUUUCUAUUGCAUAUAACUUGAAGUAUAAUGUAUUUAUAAACAUUUAAAUUUUUUUACUAUCGAGACAAACUAACAAAAAAUACAAAUUUAAAAUAAAUAUCGAAAAUCUUUAAUCGAUAUAUCGAAACAGUAUAUCGAUAUAUCGAUAAGUUCGAUAUAUCGUUGCCAUCCCUACAGCUGCGUGAUAACAUUAAUUUUUGUAAGAAUCUGAAUACAUUUGUAAAUUGAAUAAAUUCAAACAAAGUGUGCUUCUGUUAUCCAUUUUUUAUACAAUUAAUUAAUUAAAAUGGCUAGAAGAAUUGCUCAGUCAUCUGUUAAUUGGAUUGCUAUUAGUGAACGUGUUCCUAAAGCUGAAAAAGCUGCUUAUUUAGCUUUUAAAGCUAAAUCUGAUGGGUACCUCCGAAAAAUGUUUGCAUUAUCCCCAGAAACACCUAAAAUUGAUUGGGCCAAAUACAAGAAUACUAUUCCUAUCGCUGGUUUAGUUGAAAAUUUUGAAAAGCAAUACAAUACCAUUAAAAUUCCAUAUCCUGAAGACGAAUAUACAGCAUUUAUUGAUAGCUCUGAAAAAAAAACUAUGCAGGAAAUAGAAGAAUUUAAAAAGGUAGCUGCCUCUAAUAUUAAAGAAGCAGAAUUAAGGAUCGAGGAAAUUAAGAAUUUGUUGUCAUAUUCCCAAAUGACUCAUGAAGAUGCUGCUUAUAUUGAGCCUGAUUUGACAUUAGAUCUUGAAAACAAGCCAUCAUUCUGGCCUCAUCAAGAAAUUGAUUAUAUAUUUGACGAGCCACAAGAAGAAGGGUCAGAAAAACAAAGAAAAGUUGAAGCUGGUCAUUAAGUUAUUCAUUUGUUAGAUACAUUAUAAUUUUACCCAAUUUUCAAAAAAAAUUUUGGAAUAAAUAUUUAUA